UUAAUAAUUAACGUUCGGGCAUCAUGUACAGAGUUGCUGGUUGGUGAUUUGUUUCGGAAUUUUGAGGUCGAGGCUACGCGAGUCGCCAGUCCGAGUCAUUUGCUUCGUAAGUGAGCCAGUAGAGCUUCUGCCUUGGCGGUGCCCGGAGGUGUGAAUGUGGCGAGGCGCGGGGCGGGGUUAGAGGACAUCCCUGGUGAUACUUACGUGUUUUAUAUGACCAAACUGCUGCUUGCCAUUGAAACAUCGCCGGGAGGCUAAAAGUGAAGUGCCAGGAGCAAGGGAAUAGGUGAGGUUGCCGGAGCCAUGCUUACGAGGCCUGUGUGUGUCAUGUUCAUGGUGGUGGUGAUGGCGGCGACGGCUCCUCCUGGCCUGAAGGGCGCCACUGGCCGUAACCCUCACACGCUGGCCUGCACCUCAAGCGACAACGAGGGGCAGGUGAGGGAUGAGAGUAGUACGAGCUUCCCCGAGCCUGUCAGCGUGGAGGCGAGCACCGUCCCGUGCCCCGCAGACCGCCACGCGGGGGGCAGCACCCAAGUCGAAGCAGGUCACUCGGCGGCGCAGCAGGAGGAGGCAGAACUCAAAGAACUGACCAGCAUCUUGAAGGACCUUGGCUUAGGAGUCGGACUUUCGCAGCAAGACUUGGCCAGGUCAGGAGUGCUUGUGCAGGUCCUGAAGAAAGUAAGGAGCGAGGGCUUAGCCGGCCAGGUCAUGGGACGCCGCGGGGCUGCCGGGGCGGGCGACGGAAGGAACGAGAACGCCGUGAGGGACGUGGACGACCCCCUAGGGUGCGGCCUCAAGCGAGCGGAGCCGCGGAUUCUGGGCGGGCACGUGUCCCAGGCGGGGGCGUGGCCAUGGCUGGUGGCGAUGGUCCACGCGCCCUCCGGCCGGGCCUUCUGCGGCGCCUCGCUCAUCAACAGCCGCUUCCUUAUCACCGCCGGACACUGCGCCGCCCUGCUGCCGAUUCACCUGCUGGAGGUGUGGCUGGGGAGUCACGACCUCUCACACUUCCUGGAGGAGGGCCGCAUGGUGAGGACAGUCUCGAAGAUCAUCAUCCAUGAGGAAUUCCACAGCAGGAGCCUAAGGAAUGACAUCGCCCUGCUGCGCCUCGCCGAGCCUGUCCGAUCCUCCUACGCCGUGCGUCCAAUCUGCCUCCCUCCAAACCGGACGUUCGACACCGGGCUGGCGGCGGGGAACGACAGCAGCACGGGCGUAGUGGCGGGCUGGGGCCUCACCAAGGAGGACGGCAAGCCCUCCAGCCGAGUCAUGGAGGUGCGCCUCCCCUUCCUGAAAGUGAGCAAGUGUCGCGACCUUUACGAGUCCAUUAAUCCAGUGAGUGACUACAUGCUCUGCACCUUCUACAACGCCUCCAGCGGCAUCAAGGACGCCUGCAAGGGCGACUCCGGCGGACCGCUGGUGGUGGAGGGCGCGGACGGGCGGUGGGUGCAGGCAGGCGUGGUGAGCUUCGGCUACGGGUGCGGGCGGCGCGGCUACCCGGGCGUGUACACCAGGCUGUCCCGCUACCUGCUGUGGGUGUACGUCAAGAUCUUGGCGGCGGAGACGGCACCCAAAGACGAGAGCUAGCGUGUGUGUGUGUGAAAUAUUAUCAUUUGUGUAAUAUUACGAAAGCGUAACUUGUUAUUUUUAUACUGUGUAUAUGUUUCUUUUUACAUACUAAAAUUAUUUAUAUUGUGCUCUGUGAUCCUCCGCUUCGGAAACUUUAUUUUAGAUACCAUUAAAGUUAGCCUUUUACGUUAGUGUUAUGGAAGUGAAUUCAUUAGAACGUUUACUUAC